AAUCAGCCCGUGAUUACCUCUAUCCUCUAUAUAUAUGCUCAUCAGUCUCUCUCUCUCUAUAUAUUUCCCAAUACAAGCUAAUUAAGCUUGCAAUUGAGUUGAGAAGGAGUGAAUUUGCAUCAAUGGCUUCUCAAGGCAACAAUGUUAAUGAUCUUGAAGCAGGUAACUAUGUGGCUGAAGGAGAUUAUUCCAGCAAAUACUUGACACUGCACAGAGCUACAGUGCAUGGGAAAUGGGAGGAAGCUAAAAAAUUCUUGGAGGAUAACAACCAUGCAAUCCAAGCUCCUAUCGGCAUCCACAAAAACACUGCAUUGCACGAUGCUGCUAAAGCAGGUAAUAAGGAUUUUAUGGAAAAGGCUGUGGCAAUGAUGGGAGAUAAUAAUGAAGUGAUGGGCGUGGUGAAGAACCGAGAUGGGCUCACGGCGCUACACAUUGCGGCCCGGUUUGGGAACAAGGAGGUGGGUGAAAUCCUUGUAGGGAAGAACCGUAAUCUCCUGUAUGAAAGGUGCAACAGGGGUCUUCUCCCCAUCCAUUACGCAGCUUGCAAUACUCGCAGAAGCCUGGAGGUGUUUAACUAUUUCUGGGGUGUCACUAAGAGAGAUGAAGACCCGGAAGUUGAUCCAUAUGCAGGCCCAACUGGUGCAACUAUCCUUGUUAACUUAAUCAAGUCUAAAUUCUAUGUGGUGGCAAUGGAUUUGGCUGAUGAAUAUCCCGAUUUGGCUCGUCAUCGGACACUAGACAAUGAAACAUCUCCUUUGGAGGCCAUAGUCAAAUACGAUUAUCCUAUCUUCAAGCACGAAGGAGCAGUGAUGCUCGUUGAAUGCUUGUGCGAUAAACUCAAAACCCUAAAUGACACACAAAUUGCCUCACUUGCAAAAGAAGCUAUAAUUCAAGCAGCUUAUUUGGACAUUGAAGAGGUGGUCAAAAAUAUUGUGGAAGCAUGUCCUAUCACGGCUUAUUACAAAGACAAGAGUGGGCGGAAUAUACUUCACAUUGCAAUAGAGAAACACAGUACAAAUGUUUUUAACUAUGUUCGUGGAAAUAGUAUGCUUAUGCAUGAUUUAGUAGAUGAAAGAGACAACAAUGGAAACAACAUUGUACAUUUGUCUGGGAAAUUGACACCUCCACACAAACUCAAUGUAAAUGCAGCUCUUCAAAUGCAGCGGGACCUGCGAUGGGUUAAGGAAGUGCAAAAGAUUGCAUCACCAUAUUUCUCAUCACUCAGAAACAAAGAUGAGAAAACACCAAAGAUGGUGUUCACGGAUGAGCAUAAGGACUUGAGAAAGGAAGGAGAGAAAUGGAUGAAGGAGACAGCAACUGCAUGCUCUGUUGUAGCAGCACUCAUUGUUACUGUGGUGUUUGCCGCUGCUAUUACAGUCCCCGGGGGCAACAGUGAAGGUGAACUUACCCAAGGCUUUAAUGCUACAAUACUUAACACUAUGAUUAAUGGUACAAUUAAAGGCCCCAUUGAUGAAACCCCGCCUAAGGAGGGCCUCCCCAUCUUCUCCAAAAGGCGUGCUUUCAGAUCUUUUUAUUUCACCAAUGGUGUAUCUCUAGCUUUCUCCGUUUAUUCUCUCAUGGUCUUCUUGUCCAUAAUAACUUCACACUAUAGGGAAGAAGAUUUCCUAAGAAUUCUUCCCACCAACUUAAUCAUAGGUCUCCUCGCCUUGGUAUUUUCCGUUUUCUUUAUGAUUGCCUCUUUUAUUGCCACAGUUUAUCUGGUGUUUGGUACUGUUCUAUCGGCUCGUAUUGUUUUUCUGGUAGUUUUAGGUUUGGUUUACUGUCUAACUGUGUUGCUGGCUUAUCAAUUCCCACUCGUUCUAGAUUUCGCAUGGUCUACUCACGUCAGUUGCCGACUAAUUUAAAGAAACUUGGUGCUAUUGGCCCACAAGUUAUUUUGACUUGCUGCACUACGAGCUGCCAACCUAGCUACCUAGCUUUUUGGGAAGUCUAAUUUUACUUACAUUUGUAUGCAUGUUGUAUUGUUGUUUGUAUUGUUUUUUUUCCCCCUCAGUAAAUUAUUGAAGCUGAGUUUGUAAUAAUAAAUAAGUUUGAUUUAUGAAAAAAAUUUGUAAUCAUUACUUGAAGGCUGUAUUUGUUAGAGUUU